AUGGCUAAGCGUUUCAAGCUGAGAAUUUACAGAGCCAUCGCCACCACUCUCCAAUCCUGCCGCUCCAAAGACCCUUCCACUCUCCCUAAAGACCCUUCCACUCUCCCUAAAGACCCUUCCACUCUCCCUAAAGACCCCGUCCCUCCAUUCUCCCAUUCCCAACCCCCUCAAUUCAAGUGGCAAAAGGAAGACAAAUGGCACGUCGUCGCCAAGAUCCCCACCCCUCCCCCACCGGAGAAAACCCGCCGCCGCGCCAAGAAGAAAAGAAACCUCCCCGCCAGGAUCCGCCUCAGCACCUCCUCCGCCGACAGCGGCUGGUUCAGCAGCGAAGGCGCCGCCGAGGAAACCGAAACCCUAGUCUCCUCCUCCCCCGCAUCCUCCUCCUCGCUCCAUCCCAUCCGAGAAACGCAGCCCUUCCCCAAUUCAAACCCUAGAAACCCUCCCCGCAGGAGCAGGAGAUCGAGGCGAGCGCCGGCGAGGGAAAUGGAGACGACGCCGGCGAGGCUGUCGGUGUUCAAGAAGCUGAUACCGUGCACGGUGGAGGGGAAGGUGAAGGAGAGCUUCGCGAUCGUGAAGAGAUCGGAGAAUCCGCUGGAGGAUUUCAAGAAGUCGAUGAUGGAUAUGAUCGUGGAGAAGCAGAUGUUCGACAAGAAGGAUCUCGAGCAGCUGCUGCACUGCUUUCUCUCCCUCAAUUCCUCCAACUAUCACGGCAUUAUCGUCGAGGCCUUCUCCCAGAUUUGGACCGCCAUGUUUGCGCCGCCGCUCGACCAUUCCCAGCGCCGGAGAGUGUCUCGAGUAGCCUCGUCUUAGAUUAUUAUUAUUAUUAUUAUUAUUAUUAUUAAAAUUAUGAUUAUGAUUUAGUUUGGUUUUCGCUUUCUAUGUAGUAUGUAUUGUAUGAUUUAGUGGUAAUAAUCAGAAUGUUUAAGGUGUUUAAUUUA